ACAAUAGUAAUCCGUGACAACUUCUGGCCCCCUACGAGUAUCAAUCAGCUAAUUUAUUUUUUUUUUAGAAAUCUUGACCAUCUUGACAAUGCUAAGAAAGUUAAACCACUUUUAGGGUAAUUGUGAACGAUUGUGAAAGUUUGCACUUCGAUAGAUCGUGAUUGUGUUCGUAGUUGUGAUCCGAGAUGUAUUUUUUUUUGUGUGUGCGUAGGAGAUAGGGGCGACUAUUUAUUGCAGUAAGUGGCUUAUUAUGGUAUAAUUGUACGAAAGGUGUGAAGAAGGAACACAUUCUUGAUAAGUUUUAUUUGUGUUGCUGUAGUCAAAUAAAGUAGCAAGAUGGCUCACUAUAAGGGAGCAGCGAGUGAGGCUGGACGAGCCAUGCAUCUCAUGAAAAAGAGGGAGAAAGCUCAACAGGAGAUAGAAUUCCGCAAGAAGAAAAUUGAAGAAGAUCUGAAAAUAUCAAACAUUGAAAACAAAUUUGCAGCACACUAUGAUGCAGUGGAACAGCAACUAAAGAGCUCCACUAUUGGGUUGGUAACUCUUGAUGAGAUGAAAGCAAAACAAGAGAAUAUUGUAAAGGAAAGGGAAAGAAAGCUUGCCCAAAAGCAGUUGGAGAAAGAGCAAGAAAAACAGAGGCAGCUUGAAGCCAAACAAGCUGAGAAGAACAGACAGAAGCAACAGAUACAAGCCUUGUCCUUCACACUGGAUGAUGAGGAAGUUGAAGAAGAAAUUGAAACAUUCAACACCAUUGACACCGAUGCUGAAAGAUGUGAGCCGCCUGUUAAAAAGAAGAUACGAAAAAAUCCUGAUGUAGAUACAAGCUUCCUUCCUGACCGAGAGAGGGAAGAUGAGGAAAACAGACUUCGAGAGGAAUACAGACAAGAGUGGGCCGAUAAACAAUCUUCAUUAAAAGAAGAGGAAAUUGAUAUUACAUUCAGUUACUGGGAUGGCUCAGGUCACAGACGGACUGUAAGAAUGAAGAAAGGCAGCUCCAUGUACCAGUUUCUCCAGAAGUGCCUUGAAUUGCUUCGCAAGGAGUUCAGUGAACUGAAAACAGUGACGGCAGAUCAGCUUAUGUAUGUGAAGGAGGACCUCAUUCUUCCACAUCACAAUACAUUUUAUGAUUUUAUUGUGUCCAAGGCACGAGGAAAGAGUGGUCCUUUGUUCACCUUCGAUGUGCAUGAUGACAUUCGCCUCAUAAAUGAUGCAUCUGUUGAGAAGGAAGACUCUCAUGCAGGCAAGGUUCUUCUGCGUAGCUGGUAUGAACGCAACAAGCACAUUUUCCCUGCAAGUCGCUGGGAACCAUUUGACCCUUCGAAAAGUUACGACAAGUAUACAGUGUCAGAUCGCAGCAACAAGAAGUGAUGAGAAUCUUAUGUAAGUGUCUUUUGUGUUUCUUUUCAAAGUGUAAAUAUUCAUAUUUUAAAACUUGUUCACUUCUAGUCUUAAUUUUGUGUUGAGAAGUAUGAUUUAACAUUCACCUGCAUAAAUAAGAUCUAAAGGUGUCAUGUUUUUAUAUCAAUACAGUGAUUGACUUUUUGGAGAUAUCCAUUGUCACAUAUGUAAUUUGAAAAUGUAUUUUGUGAUACAGUCAUACUCAGAAUUCACUAUACAAUGGCAAGGGAGCAGUAGUACUUUUAAAUCCUUUCUAUGCUGAGUAUUUUUUCUGGCCUGCUAAUUUAGAAUAAGGAAAUGUUAAAGGGUGUGCAUGUAUCUCUGUAACCCAGUCAAACCUAACAUAAAUUGACCUAAUCUAACAUAUCAAAUGACAUGUAUGUUGAGCACAAGAAGUGUUUAUGAAGUUCAGUAUGUGAUAGUUUAUGUCAAUUCAAAUUUUAAUUUGAUCAAUUAUAGAUUUAAAGAAAGAUAAAAGGAAAUUGUGUUUAGGAAGUAUAGUUAGACAUCUUCUAAAAUGCUUUUUGGUCUUUGAGUUUCUGUCAACCAUAGGAAAGGCAACACGAAGCAUGUUUCAUUAGAUAUUUUGGUAAGUAGAGAUUUUUUGCCCAAAUGUGACACAUAAAGGGAUAAGGAGGCCAUUACAUGGGGCCUCAAUAUUUGAUCACAUACAUUUUUAUUUCAUCCAGUCAACAUGUAUGUCUGUGAAUUUGGCACAGAUUUAUCCUCAUAGAAGAAAACACAAAAUUUAGGCUAAAAUGAUGUGUUGUUAGGAUGAGAUUUUAAAACAUUGUUCUUUUUGUGUGUGCAUGUACGUGCAUUUAUGCGAUUUAAGACACUAGACUUCUCUGCCAGUCAGUUUUGUGUACAGGACUGACUGGAUUCCCUGUGGCCUUUUCAUCAUGACUGUUCCUUCUCUGACCAGUGUCAAAAUGAUACCUUGUGAAUGUGAGUACACAGUUUCAUUGAUGGUUCUGAACUUAUUUGAAGUUAUGUCUCCUUUGCUAUCAGUCAUCAUCAAUCUACCACUUGAGGUAGCAGGGUAAACAUUUUUUAAGAAAACUUUUAAAUUGUUGUAACAAAGUUUAUCUAUGUUUAAAAAUUAUUGACAUUUUUGCAGCCUGAGAUGCUGUCAGCUUGAAACUACACCUGUCAUGGAGUUGUGGAAGAAACGUGGGACAUAUACAGAGCUUUUGCCAAAUGUGGAAUUUGUAUAAAUAAUUAUUAAUGUGGCAGAAUGUGUUAGAUACUCAUAUAAUAUAAUCACUUUUGAAUUGUCAUAAACACCAUAUUGAUGUACAAAUUUAUAGUCUUUGUUUCAGUUUUUAGUCUUGUUAUGAAUUUGCAUUGCAACUAUACCUUACUUCAUUGGGGAUGCCAGUAUUGAUGGUAUGGUUUAUAAACUGCUGUCUAUUUUAGAAUCACUCACUUAGGUGAACAUUGACUUCCAAAAUUACUGGUGUAAUAGAGGUACUAUAUCAGUUUUUGGUCUGUAGAUGUAAGAGGGACUAUUUUGUUAACAAUUUGAAGGUAUGUUUCUUUUCAUUACACAUAAUACAUAACAUUGGAACAAUGUUCUUGUAACAUUGCUUUUAACUUUUCACUCAUUGACCCAUAUAAAUCAGAAUUGAUGCCGGAAGGAGGAGGAAGAGAAAGCAAUGCAUAUGACAAAAAACUGAAUUUCCCAUGUUCAUAAAAUCAUAGUGUCUGGUUAUAAGUCCAUAGGAAAUUAGUGUAUUUCCGUAUGUUUUCUAUUGUUGUGAAAACAGGAAUUGUAAUACAUCAUUAAUGCAGUUCAUGUUAAUUACAAGAAAAUAAACACUUAUUUGCAGUGAAACUUUCGUAUUGGAUAUCUCAUUCAUUUUUGUAGUUCAGUGUUAGCAAUAAAAUUUUAAAAACAGUUCAUGAAUAUGAA